AUGGUGGACCACAGCCUAGAAUGGUUUAGCACAAUGAAGGUGCUCACUGUAGCACUGCUUCUAGUCACCCUGCAGUAUUCCCAUGCCCUGAGUCCCACCAACUGUGAUGCUUCCGAGCCUUCGGCUGAGAAAGUUCUAGAUUUGAUCAAUAAAGGGCGGAGGAACGGCUAUGCUUUCCAGCUGCUGCGAGUCUCAGACGCUCACUUGGACACAGUGGGAAAUGCCACCAUCUACUACUUUGUCCUAGAUGUGAAAGAAUCUGACUGUUGGGUCCUAUCCACAAAAUCUGAGAAUGACUGUCUUGAAGCUUCGCGGCAAACUGAAAUCGUGAUUGGACAAUGUAAGGUCAUAGCUACAAGAUACUCUAACGAGUCUCAAGACUUUAGAGUGAACAACUAUAACUGCACCACGAGCUCUGUCUCCUCAGCCCUGAGCAACACCAAAGACAGCCCUGUGCUCCUGGAAUACCUUGGAGAGUCCGAGGUUCACAGACAACAAGCCCAUAAUGCCCUGGAAAAGUACAAAGGGGAGAACAACGGCUUUGCCUCUUUCCGAGUGGACCGAGUAGAGAGGGUUAUAAAAGCGAGAGGAGGGGAAAGAACCAAUUACUAUGUGGAUUUCUCUAUAAGGAACUGUUCUACACAGUAUUUCCACAGAAGGCCUCCAGUCUUUGGAUUCUGCAGAGCAGUUUUGUCCUACAAUGUAGAUGCCACUGACCUGGAAACCCCAGAAAACAUUGACAUAAACUGUGAAGUCUUCGACUUUGAGCAGGCUAGAAACGCGAGUGACAUAAAACCCCACUGGGGCCGUGAGCAUUCUCCUUUUGGCAAACACCCACGUGGUCCUCAUGGUCGUGAGCAUCAUGGAGCCCCUCCUCACGGACCCCCUUUUUACGGACACCCUCCACAUGGACCCCCUCCUCACGGACACCCUCCACAUGGACCCCCUCCACAUGGGCCCCCUCCACAUGGAUACCCUCCUCAUGGACCCCCUCCACAUGGACACCCUCCACAUGGACCCCCUCCUCACGGACACGAUUUCUAUGACUAUGGACCCUGUGAUCCACCCUCCAAUGAUCAAGAACACAACGGGCCACCGCAUCAUCGGGGCCAUGGUCCACCACACCAUCGGGGCCAUGGUCCACCACACCAUCGGGGCCAUGGUCCACCACACCAUCGGGGCCAUGGUCCACCACAUGGCCACUCAGGGAAAAGGGGUAAAGGGUUCCCUCCUUUCCACCAUCGACAAGUCGGAAGUAUCUACCGACUCCCUCCACUAAAUGCAGGUGAAGUUCUGGCUAUGCCUGAAGCCAAUUUCCCCAGCAACUCAAUGUCGAAUUGCAAGACUCCCCUACAACCAGAGAUCCAACCCUUCCCCGAGGUAGCCUCAGAGUCAUGUCCAGGGAAAUUCAAGAGUGAAUUUCCACAAAUUUCUAAGUUUUUUGCAAAUAUGCCUCCAAAAUAAAACCUGAUAUCUUGGUGUGGGGAAAA